CACGUGAGUGAUGUCAGAGUUGACACCGUCUGUUAAAAAAUGGCUUCAAAAAACCAUAAAAGACGAUUUUGCAUCGGAAAUAACCUCAAAAUUACACCGAGAAAUCGAUAUCGAGAGUAUCGUUAGCGACCUAACCUCGACCAAAGACCUAAAGAAAAUUUUAGAAGCCACAAAAGUCAAAUUACAGUCUGAGUCACUUGAUCCUGAUGAAGUACCGCGAAGUCCGUUGUCCUUCAGCGAACUCAGCGACACCUGGAGUCCGUUCAAGCCUCAAACGGACAUAUCACUACUCCUAGACAAUCUUUCAUCUUCAAAACCAAACCACGUGCGUCUAGGAAGUUACGAAUCACUUAUGGAAUGCGACUUCACGAACUUCAAUGAUGAAGUUUUCAAGUCACUGCUGUCGGCACUUCAACAAGGCCUCGCUGACCCAAGUCGCCCCGUGUUCGAGUCGAGUUUGAAAGUUCACGCGAAGUUGCUGCUGACUUCACGCGCGCAUGAAGUCUACACAAAUUUACUUGCCAGUUACGAGACCGAGUACUUCGGAAAAAAAUUGAACGAGUCGCUACCGAAUUUGAACAUCGGCGUGAACUUCAAAUUAUUUUUACACGAAAAAUUGUUCCGCGUUUUGUAUCUUAUUGUCGAGUACCAAAAAGAAGUACUGAAGUCCAUGCGGACACCGGAUCGUGCUUCAGAAGAAAUGAUCGAACAAUUUUUGAUAUUUCUGAGCUCGCAGAAUUCAAAUAAUUCCGUAACUAAGACGCUUUCGACCCUGAACUUCAUUUCGGUUCUUGACCCCAGCGCCACCUGGUCGCGAAAAUGGAUGCACAGUUUUGCGACCCGUAAAAUUUUUAUAAACGCACUGGCCAAGUUGCCAAAUUUAUUAGAAAUUAUUUUGAAAUUAGUGGCCGCGGGUUUUGAAAACCCGCCAUCUUUGAUUACGUUUUCGACACAGACGAUUUUCAUUUUCGGGGAGACUAUAGAGACGCUGACGUACUUCCAUGGGGUGAAUUUACUGGGCCAGUUGUGCGGGACAUCGAAUGGGAGGCAAGUGAUCGCUGAAGUUGGGACCGAAAUGGAGACGCCUUCGGCCCCGGACUUCUGCAAGCGAUUGAUUGGAUGUUUGAAUCAGUGCGCGCUAUCGUCGACGGCCUCGAGAGUCGUCUACAGUGAACUGAGACGGGCUUUGAAGUCUUUGUUGCAGCCGACAUUUCCGGUAGACAAUUGGCUGUUUCAUGCGGCGCUGAAUCCGCUGAUUAAGGGCCGGGGCGCAGGAUCGGGCGCCAGAAUCUGGGGCCACACGGUCGACAUCUUGAUGUUCAUGACGGAUUUACAAGAUGGCCGGGCGUUUUUACUGGAGGGGAGAGCGACCAGCUCGGGAGGGAAGGAAAUGCCGCCUGUGGAGAUGGUGAUCAUUCACUGCGCAGAUCUCCUGAGGCAGCCGUUCGCGGUCAUGGACGUGGGGUUGGUCGUUGAUAUUUUUAAGUUCAUGGAAAAAUUUUACGACACGGAGGAAGUGGGGGAAGGAAUCAAAAGUUUAUUGGGGGCGCUGGAAUUUUUUUACAAUAAAAUUGACAAGUUUUCUAUUGGGUACGAAAACUGGACCCAGCAAUUGGACGCGGGGGCUAAAAAUUUGAUGAUUAAGCUCGCGGUUAAUCCCCGGGGGCUGGAAAUGCUGACGGAGUUCCCGACGGUUUUAGAGGAACUGGUUCGUGGGGCUAUUAAUCCGUUGAAACAUUCUUGGGACUCGUGUGAAACUGUUUGUUUUAUCAGCGCCGCGGGAUUCUUUCAUCAGGCGAGAGGAAUUAUGAGGCAGCUGGUGCCGCAGACUUUUUCGAUGCUGCUGGAAGAUAUUUGUGGGAAUUUAGAGGAGAGGGAGAAGUUUUUCGAGCCCUGGGAUCAAGACAAUGUGAAGAAAUUUGUUCAUAUUGUUGCGCUCCUGGGUUUGAAUACUGAAUGUUAUAGUAUUUUUGCACUGGAUUCUGGAGAUUACAAUGAAGAAGAGUAUCCACGAAGUUUUUGUGAACUGAUAACGCAUUCGAUGAUCGAGGGAUCGAUUUAUCAUGAAUUAGGUCUUUUGGUACUGGAAGCAAUGAUCUGGAAUCUGGAUAUUUUGAUCCAUUUGAUGCAUACUUACGAUCUUCAGACGAAACUUCUUGAACUUCAAAAAAACUGUCGAAUUGAAGUUGCGAAGUACGAAGAAAAAACAGAAGACGAUAGUGAGUUUCGAGAAGAUUCAAAUUAUUUAGAAAAUGAAGUACGUGAAGUUCAUGAAGUACGCGAAGUACGUGAAGUUUAUGACGGAUAUGAGAUUUAUAGAAUUGAAAGCGAAGUACCUGAAGUUGAUGACACAAGUGAAGUACCUGAAGUACGUGAAGUACAUGAAGUUUACGCAGUAGACCAAAGUGCUUAUUUGAGACACAGAAUUUUAUGGAAUUCAUAUUUUAUAAAACAUAAACUUAAUUGGGCAGUAACUGAUCCAGAGAGGAUUAAAAUUUUUGAUUCAUUUCCGCCUGAAGUUGAUGAAGAUUUUUCACGUGACCGGCGAAGUUCGGAGUCUGAGUCGGAGCUGAAUGAACUUCUCAGUGAAUGCAAGCCGGGAUUCCGCGAUGUUUCUUGGGCAUCGCAGAUUAAGAAGGCGCACAAAAAUUCACCGAAUCCUCUGAAGCAUGCGACGGUAAUAAAUCUGCUGGAACAAAUGGAACAGGCGAUACCGACCGUCGAAUGGGUUGACGUUUUCAAAUGGGAUGAAAAGUCCGCGUACUUCUGGCUCCCGGAGGAAGAGAUCGGGUUCGAUUUAGCAAUCAGGUUCGCUGAGGAUCACUGCGUACUAGAAGAUCCGCUCAAAGCCAAAGAAAAUUUGAAGGAAGUUUUUGGAAAAGUGCAUGGAUUUAUCCAGUAUGAGAAGGACGGAAAAUUUAGAGGCUUUGACUGGUUCCUGAGCACCGUCUUCGUCAUUUGUGACGGGAACGUCGAAAAAUGUAAGGGAUUUGUUAAACAGUUGGUACGUUUUCCGUCGGCAAUUUACAUGUGGAGGACACUCGGUCUAGUAUUCGAUGCAAAUAACGAACAAGAAAAUGCCACGCAAUUUAUUAUCGCCCAGCAUAUUGAAGCAGUUGUUAAUCAAGAGCUACCGAGGAUUAAUUAUUCCCUCAAAAAAGAAUUUGGGAUUAAAUGGUGGAUUGUCUCCGACAGACUGCUGACGCAGAUUUUCUGGGGCAUUUUGGAAUGGGACGAGAUACUUAAUUUUAUAAGCAUCUGUUUGAUGAACCAACCAGACUAUAUUGUUUAUUAUGGUGUGUCUUUACUGCAGCACUGCGAGCCGAUAAUUAUUAAUGAUAUGAUUGAAAAAAAAUCUUGGCCUGAGUGUCUGAAUCUAAGUGAAUAUAAAUGCCAUAAUUAUCUUGGAUUCAUGGACCGUUUGGCUAAGAGACAUCGAAAUAAAAUUCUUCCAGCGUUAACUCAACGGAUAUUAAAUUCUGAAGAAGUAAAUUAAUUAAUUAAUUAAAAAUUAUUAAAUAAUAAAUAAAUUUAGAAGAAAAAUUGUUAAUAAAAAAAAAAUUCUUACCACGAAAUUAAAGAAAUUUUUUUCAAA